GGUGACUGUGAAGAGGUGUUCGUUAAAGAAGGCGUUUCUUCAGCGAGGUCAGCCUGGGUGCCCGGAGUUUAUUCUUCACAGCUGACGAGGAACGGAGAAAGAGAGGGAACCAAGCAUGAAGCACACGGUAUCUGCUGACCAGGAGCAGCAGCAGAGUACACAGAGAGAGACAAUGUCUUCUGAAACAACCCAACAGGAAAGUCAGACAUCUCCACCAAAGCAAACUGGAUGGACAAUGUUCUAUUGUCCCAAGUCACAAACUCACAAUGCUGAAGAAAUUGCAAGGAUCCGUAAAAAAUGCAGAAAGGAAAGUUUCUGGUACAGAGCUCUUCCUUUGUCUCUUGGGAGCAUGCUUCUCACCCAGGGGCUGGUCUCAAAAGGCAUUUUCUCAGCAAACCCAAGAUUCGGUGCAUUACCUAAGAUGGCAAUUGCUGGUGUCUUAGGUUUUGCCAUUGGAAAGGUGUCGUACAUUGGAGAAUGCCAAAAAAAGUUCCAGGAAAUUGGUGUUGUACCAUCUUGUCCACGAGAAAAAAGGCGUUGUCGUCAUACUUGCAAAGAAUGUAGAGCAAAAUCAGGAUCAAAUGAGAAAGAAGGUUCAACUCCUUCAGCAUCUUAGACCCAGGUGUGGUGAAGAUGAUAAAAACAGAUCAGCUGCUUCUUUCAAGGCUUUAUUCUAUUGAGAAGAAAUGAUGUCUUUGAUUUGGUGUAAAUCAGCUUAUUUGAAGUAGUUGCAUAAUGUUAGGCAGUUCUGUUCAUAGUAAAUACCAGUUUCUUGUAAUACACUUUUUGAUUUUCUCCUCAUAUCUUUCUUCUCAGCACGUUUUUGGUUUAUUUUCCUCUCUUCAGUGCAAUUUAGCUCCUAGUGCUGAAAAAUUAAAUUUGUCUAUUGUUGUUAGGUGCUGGCCAUACUUUGUGUAGCGAGCAAAGUGGCGUACACUGGGAUGUUUGGCUUCUGUGUCUGAAGGAAAGAGUGCGAGGAUGUUUAAAUGAUGUUGUGGUUAAGCAGCUAUUCAGUCUCUGAGCUGUCUCUUUGUUUAUGGAGUGGUUUGAGAGUACUAAGCUAGAAGUUCCUUAGGGGAUUGUCCCACUGCAGUUACGGUGCUGAACCAACUUCUCAUAGGCCAGUUUUACAUAAAAGUCCAUUUUGCUGAGGAUAUCAAAAGCACAUGCCACAUGCAUAAUGAACAAGAUGAUACAAUAUUUUGGAACAGUUUGUGGUCUGUUGAGAAGAAGCUAGAUGGCACGUGCUCUCUACAGCCAGCCUGAGACACAAACUUCCAUGAAAUAUCUCAGAAAAUCAAAAGCAAACGCUUCCCUUAAACACAGUGAAUGUGUUCCCAUGGAAAUCAAAUAUACAGCGACUGAAAAGUUUUAGCUUCACUGUCAGCUGAUGAAGCCUGUCUUCUGUGGGUUGCUUUAUUUUUUUUGUUUGCUUUUAUACAGUGCCUGAGGUUAGUACCUCUCUUUUGAACCCGCAUCUUUACCUGGGCACAAAGAGAUUCUGCAAGCAGGAUAUAUAGAAUGUAAAAUUUACAUUUAACCAGCUAUUAGGCUGAAUACUCACCACCCUGAUAAGGCACUUUUAGAGUCUCUUCUAGCCAGGAGAAAGGUUAGACUAAGUAGCCUCCCUGCCUUUUACUCCUUUAAGAUUUUAUACCUUUCCAAAUUGGUGAGGAGGUUGUUCUUGUGGUCAGUGGUACCUCCUGGGGUUACGACUUAGCUACUUAAUUUCACUUUACCUGUAAUUUUGU